GAUUGGUGAAGUAGCGGAUUCUUCCUUUCAGUUGUAAAGAGAAGAUAAGACGGUACUGAUUGAGACAGUAGAAAGAAGAAAAAUGAAACUUUACAUUACUUUAUUAUCUUUGUUUGUCUGGACAGCGUUAGCUUCCGAAGAUGACGUACUUGUAUUUACUGCUGCCAAUUUCGAUACCGAAAUUGUGAAAUAUGACGUUAUUUUGGUAGAAUUUUAUGCCCCAUGGUGUGGUCACUGUAAGAAUUUAAAACCAGAAUAUGAAGCAGCAGCUGGAGUACUUAAGAAAGCAGACCCCCCUGUAGCUCUUGCCAAGGUUGACUGUACCGAGGAGAGCAGCCUUUGUUCUAGGUUUGGGGUUAGUGGCUACCCAACUCUUAAAAUUUUUAAGAAUGGUGAAUUUUCAAAGGAGUUUGGUGGUGAAAGAAGGAAAGAUUCUAUUGUCAAGGAGAUGAACAAAGAAGCUGGCCCUGUUUCUAAGUUACUAUCAACGGUAGAAGAAGCUCAAAAAUUUUUAAGCAAGGACACAGUUGGUGUAAUAGGAUUUUUCUCUAGUGAAGAUAGUGCUGAUGCUAAAUCAUUUUUGAAAGUAGCAGACCAGGUUUCUGAGGUUAGGUUUGCACAUACUGUCAGUGAUGAAGUUAAGAAAGAACUAAAGCAAACUGAUGGUGUAGUCCUGUUCAGGCCAAAGGUUCUGCAAAGUAAAUUUGAAGAAGCUGAAGUUCGUUUCACAGAUACAAACACUGCCAAGUUGAAGUCUGCUAUUGAAUCUGAAGCAUUGGGUCUCUGUGCUGAACGUACUCAAAGCAAUGCAGCUAAUUUUGGAAAGCCUCUGUUUGUUGCUUACUACAAUGUUGAUUACACAAAGAACCCCAAGGGAACAAAUUAUUGGAGAAACAGAAUAAUGAAAGUGGGCAAGCAGAUUCGUGAUGAAGGCAAAACAGUCUACUUUGCCAUAAGUAACACUGAUGAGAUGAGCAGAGAGUUAGAAGAAUGUGGUAUCACUGAGAGAGAUGGAGAUAAACCAGUGGUGUGUGCUUGGGACAGUCAAAACAAAAAGUUCAGAAUGACAGAAAAAUUUAGUGUUGAGGCUUUUGAACAAUUCAUUCGUGAUGUGUUAGAUAAUAAAGUUGAGCCAUACUUGAAAUCCGAACCAGUUCCUGCAGCAAAUGAUGAACCAGUCAAGGUUGUAGUUGCCAAGACAUUUGACAGUAUUGUCAAUGAUGAAAGCAAGGAUGUACUUAUUGAGUUUUAUGCUCCUUGGUGUGGACAUUGUAAGAGUUUAGCUCCUAAAUAUGAUGAACUUGCUGAAAAGUUGAAAGAUGAACCAAGUAUUGUUAUUGCUAAAAUGGAUGCCACUGCUAAUGAUGUACCAAGUCCUUAUGACGUUAGAGGAUUCCCUACCAUUUACUAUGCUCCUAAAGGCAACAAAAGUUCACCUAAAAGAUAUGAGGGUGGCCGGGAAGUAGAUGAAUUCAUUAAAUAUCUCGCCAAAGAGUCCACUGAUGGCUUACAGGGUUACUCUAAGGAAGGCAAGAAAAAGAAGGCCAAGAAAGACAAGACUGAUUUGUAGUGAAAUGUCCACAUAGUUUUGCUUGCCAUGUUUUUUUUUUUUGUCUUCACAUCAUAUUCCAUAUUCAGUUGUGAGAGUGUUCAGAUGUUAGCAUUGGUAUCCGUUGAAUGAUAUUGUUGGUAAGAAAUGUGUUUACUGGAAAUGUUAAUUGCUUUCUCCUGGUUAUUUGAUGGUACUAAUAUCUUCCAUAACUGUUGCUACAUUAGUAGACCACUGGGAUAUAAAAUGACUGUUUGACACUUUAAGCAAUUGAAUCUGUUAACUGCAAAGUGUUUUAUGUAUGUUGAACUGUGUUUGAUUGUCAAGCCUGUAUGUGAUAUGUGAACAUUAAAUUAUCUCAAGUUAAGACAUAAUGAAGUUCUAUGAAUUAUUGAGUGGCUGUAAGAGUUGGCAAUUAAAAGUUUUUUUUUGUUUUUUUAUAA